AUAUAUAUAUAUAUAUAUAUAUAUAGGGUGCAAUAAUAAAUUGAUAAAUUAAAAAAACUAUGUAUAAUACUUAUACAUAGUAUACUAAUAUAUGUAAUACUAAAAAUGCUUGGUUCAACGAUAAAAGUUGUUACUUGAUUAUAGGUUAGGAAACUCGCUUUAUUAUAAUUUGUAAUGUAUACAUCAUUUCUGUAGUUAAAAUCGGUGGUGUUUUGUUCUUAAUAAGUUAUCGAAAGCGAAAUGACAGAAAGUGUGAUUUCUGACCGAUUUAAACAAGGAUUAGUAUGGAAUGACAUUACAAUUGGUAAUGAUGUUUACGUGAUAUCUGUCACAUGGAGAAACGACACUGUUCAUGUUUUCUUAACUAAUCUCAUCGAAUUAUGGAUGGAAACACUGACAAAUGAAAAUAUUUUAGAUAGAUGCCGGGAAUUAAAUCCACUUUUAGAUGUCGAGGUUCUUGAUUAUAGAAAUGUUGUUACAAAUAUUUUAAGUAAUAUGUCAAAGUAUAUUGUUGAAGCUUCUAUUGAGCAAAUAAAAUUACGCGCUCAUGUGAAUGGAGGUUCAAUGAAAUUUGCUUUGCAUUUAUCAAAAGGGACACCUAAAAAUUUUUGGGAAAUUAUAACUAAACCAUUAUGUAUAUCAUCAAUGGAAAUUAUUCGUCAGCACAAAAUACUUUUAGAUUUAAUAAAGAGAAAAGACGAAGAAAUUGCUGAAUAUAAGGCGGAAGGUGCAGAGUUAAUAAGAAAGAACAUCGAAACAGAAAUUUUUAAGGAAGAAUGUCUUAAAACAAAUAUUUUUAUUCCAAAUAUUGUUAAGUGCACAAAUACAUUCCAAGCAAUGGUCAAUUUUUAUAAUACACUUAAUUUGAGCGAAGAUAAUGAAGGGACUACAAAAUCUACAAGCAUAAUUAAAGAUGAUAAAAUGGAGCAGAGUACAAUUGUGUCUAGUGAAAGUGACAGGGCUGGUGGGUCUAAAGAAGGUACGAAUAAGGACAGUCGUAUAAAAACAAAAUUAGAAAGUUUAAGUUCAAAGGAUAAGAGUAAGAUGAAACAUACUAUUAAUGAAGAAAAUUCUGUUAACAAAGCAAGACUUACUUAUAUGCUACCCAAACGUACUAAAAAACCAAAGAAGGGUUUAAAUGAUUUUUUAUUAUAGAAGAAUACAAAUCAUGGGAAUAUAAGAUAAUAAUAUAAAUGUAAUAUUCAGAAGAAAGGGCUGAGAGUAAGAAUUGUUUCAUUUUUAAACUUGAAUACAUUUUUGUAUAAAGUUUUAAUAUUAGAUUGAAUUAAUAUGAUACAUUUAAUUAGAGUGUAGUAAUUGCUGUGCAAUUGUAAAUGUUUACCCAGUGUUUUUUAUGCUUUAUGAUACAAAUUGGAACGGUACAUCUAU